CCCGCCCGCUGAAGAGCGCCUGCGAAGGCGGGCGGCGCGGCACAGGACAGCACGGAUCGGAUCGGAUCGGCUGAGCAGAGGCUCGGCAGUACCAGCGGAUCCGGCGGGCAGCGCCCACGCACCCGGGCACCCGCCUUCCCUCUUCCCGCCCUCCUUUUCUCCUCCUCCGGGGACUCUCUGUUGCGAUCAACCCAUCGCCACCACUACCGCUGCCGCCGCCGCUGCUGCUGCUGCUGCUGCUGUUGUUGUUGUUGUUGGCCGACUCUGCCAGAUUCGAGGAUAUUUUGGCUCCCGGAAAGGCAGCGGCGCCUCGGUUUUUUUGGACUGUUGCGUGUGUUGCUGCCCGUGCCCCCGCCGCCGUCGGGGAGAGACGCAGAGGAGCGGGCGAGCACCGGGCUCGGGGAUCAGAUGAGUGAUUUUGGGAUCAGAAACAUGGAUCAAGUAGCUCCUGUGUCUACCAUGUACAGAGGAAUGCUCAAGCGUCAACCAGCAUUUGACACCUUUGAUAGUUCCAACUCCCUCUUUGCUGGAUAUUUUUUCUCACUAAAUGAAGAUCAGACACUUCAAGAAGUGCCAACAGGAUUUGAUUCUACUUCUUAUGAGUCGAACAACUGUGAAUUGCCUCUGUUAACCCCGUGCAGUAAGGCUGUGAUGAGUCAGGCCUUGAAAGAUACUUUCAGUGGUUUCACAAAGGAACAGUGUCGGCUGGGUAUCCCAAAUAAUCCCUGGCUGUGGACUGAACAGCAAGUUUGCCAGUGGCUUUCAUGGGCUACCAAUGAGUUCAGCUUGGCAAACGUGAACUUCCAUCAGUUUCUUAUGAGUGGCCAAGAUUUGUGCAGCUUGGGCAAGGAGCGUUUCCUGGAAUUGGCACCUGACUAUGUGGGUGAUAUUCUGUGGGAACACCUGGAACAGAUGAUAAAAGACAGCCAAGAGAAAACACAGGAUCAGUAUGUGGAGAACUCUCAUCUCACCUCCGUUCCUCACUGGGUCAACAAUAACUCCUUAAGUGUUAAUGUAGAUCAGAACUCCUACGGAAUGCAGAUGCCUGGAUACCCUAAACCCCUUGGUUAUCCCAAACCUGGUCUUCUUACUGAUGUCUGUCAGACUUCCACAGGACCAAAUCUCCUCAGUCCAGAGCAAGAGUUUUCAUUGUUCCCUAAAACCCAAGCAGAUGCUGUUGGUGUGAACUACUGUGCAGUAAAUCAAGAUUUUCCAAGAAGCAAUCUGAACUUGCUGAUAGAUAAUUCUGGUAAGCUUAGGGAACAUGAAUCCAGUGACAGUGGUGCAGAAAGUUAUGAAAGCUCAGACUCAAUGCUACAGUCCUGGAACAGCCAGUCGUCAUUAGUGGAUUUACAGCGUGUGCCAUCCUAUGAGAGCUUUGAAGAUGACUGUAGCCAGUCCUUGUGUCUGAGCAAACCUACAAUGUCUUUCAAAGACUAUAUUCAAGAACGAAGUGAUCCUGUAGAGCAAGGGAAACCAGUUAUUCCAGCAGCAAUUCUAGCUGGCUUUACUGGCAGUGGACCUAUACAGUUAUGGCAAUUCCUUCUGGAGUUACUGACUGACAAGUCCUGUCAAUCAUUCAUUAGUUGGACUGGAGAUGGAUGGGAAUUUAAACUUGCUGACCCAGAUGAGGUGGCACGGAGGUGGGGAAGGAGGAAAAACAAGCCAAAAAUGAACUAUGAGAAGCUCAGCCGGGGCCUACGCUACUAUUAUGACAAGAACAUCAUCCACAAGACCUCAGGGAAACGCUACGUGUAUCGCUUCGUCUGUGACCUGCAGAACCUCCUGGGGUACACGGCGGAGGAGCUGCACGCAAUGCUGGGGGUGCAGCCCGACACGGAGGACUGAGCCCCGAGGAGGUGAUGCUGCAGGGCUGAAGAUCCACGUGUUUGGUGGGACUGUGUCUGGUGACCAUCUGCAGUCAGUUCUUCUGGCUGCUUUGGAUGGGUGCAACUCUUGGGAAAUAAGGACCUUUAGCCAAUUUUGUAACCAGGGAGAGCUGGAAGGAAGUGGCCUUAUUUCAUCAGUGGCUUCGGGGGUUGCCGUGACGGGCACUUGAGAAGCAUGGAAGUCAGCACAGACCCCAGCUCUGUCAUGAAGAGAUGGAAAUGCUCUCAGAUUAAGCAUUUUGACGACCUGUACUGCCGUAUAAAGUGUUUUAGCUACUUACACUGCCAUGUUACAGUGGGUUGGCUUUAAAACCAAAGGCUGGAUGAGAAACCAGUGGUACAGCAGAAGCAUUGCUCAGCUGUUUUAAAAUACCAUCACCUGUGCUUAUGUCUUGUAUCAUUCAAUUUAUUAAAUUAAGAAAAAAAAAAAAGGCAACAGAAAACCCCACCACAACAAAAUAAUUUAUUUUAAAUGAGCAGUAAGGAGGAUUGAUAUUAGUUUUGUUCUAAAGCAUGUUUUAUUAUUAUUAUUACUAUGACUCCAGAAAUGUGCUGUAUAGGUACAUUAACACUCUGUCCAAAACCAGAUGUAGCAACUGUUAACAGAAAAACAAAAACAAAAAACCCUUUAAGGAAGGAAAGGAAAAUCAUACCAUUUCAAUAUUCAGUUUGUAUAUAUUCUCUGAUCCUUUUUGAAACUCUGUAAUAUUCCUAUUUAACAGAUAUUGUAUAGUGUAAAUUAAACUAAUUGUAUGUGUGUUUUUAAAUAGGAUGAAUGUAAAUUUAUCAAUUUUUUUCAUGUUUGUCUAGGAUAUGCAACCUUCUGCAAAUAUUUAAUUGGCCUGAAAGACAACAUAUGUGCUCAGUAUGCAUGCAUAUGGU